UCUAGAAGUCUCCCAGCACUGACAUGGUUAACAUCAAGGAGCAUCUGGAUGGAACUUGAGGUCAUGUGACUGUGGGGAAAUUCAACACUGCGGAACCCAGCGUCUGCGCUUGAGCUGGGCAGAGAGUUACAAGGCAAAAAACCUCCAAACUGAAGUGGAAACAUGCUGCAGCUCUUCCUAUUGACCCUCAGCCUGUUGCCAUGGAUGCCAGUGUUCCACUGUAAGGUCACCAUGGACGGCGAGUAUUCGGUGCUGGAGGGGGGAUCCCUCACCAUCCCAUGUCACUACGGGCCUCAAUACGUUAGCAACGUGAAAUACUGGUGUCAGGGGAAAACCAGGGAGUUCUGCACCUCCUUAGCUCGGACUGAUGACGCUCGCAGAAUCGGUCCAGCUGUGGAGAAAGUAAGCAUCUUUGACGACCCGGUCCAGCUGGUGUCCACCGUGACCAUGAACAACCUAAAGGAAGGAGACUCCGGGUGGUACAUGUGCGGCGUGGAGAUCGGCAACUUGUGGAAGGCUGACGAUGUUGGCUACACGAACAUUAAAGUUAUUCAUGGUUUGUCAGCUGUACACAGCCAAGUGAGUGGGGAGGAGGGGAGCAGUGUCGCAGCUGAAUGCGUCUACAGUGAGAGAUUAAGAGACAGCGUGAAGAUGUGGUGUCGGAGUGGAGACCCGAGAUCCUGCCGAUCAACGGGGUCUGAGGGGAUCUACGAAGACUCCUCCGUGGUCAUCAGAGAUGACAGAAUUGGGUCGUUCACCAUCACCUACAAAAAGCUGGAGAAAGGAGAUACUGCUUGGUACUGGUGUUCUGCAGGGCAGCAAAAGACGCCAGUUUACAUCCUGGUCACUCCACUACCCACAACCACAUCCACUUCUAAAUCAACCCCACCCAUGACAAACAAGCCCCCUACACACUUGGCUCCACCUCAACUUGAGUCUAAGGAGACCUGGCACGGUCACACUCACUUGUUGGCGAUAAUGGUGGUGUGUUUAUGUAUCAUCGUACUUGGGGUUGUGGUCGUGGUGGCCAGGAAGUUAUGGAACUUUCACAGAAAAGAUUCUGUAUUAAAAGAGGUUGCAAAGAUGAAAGCUAAAUAUAACGGAUACUCGGGGGAUGUGGAUGACUUGGAAAGCGUUGCUGUUGUUUUCCUCAACAAGAAUUCAGAGGAAGUGCUUUUACACUGACUUCACUUCCUUCUGAUCACUUUCAGGUUUCAAUCUGUUGACACAUCUUUUCUUUUGUACAUGUUUUGUUCGAGCACUGCAAAUGUCAAACAGCCACUAAGUACAUUUUGUGCAUUUUCCCUGCGUAAAGUGUUGGUGUUUCAUGAUAUGUGCGUGACAUACGUAAUUCUUAAGUGUUUCUUGCGUUCGUCAUUUGCUGCAGCACUGUUGUUGCUCUUCCAUCUCAGGCUGUUGUUGGUGAUCACUCCCAAGUACUUGUACUCCUCUAACCUCUGCCACAUCCCUGCCCAAAAUGCUAAGAGGCUGGGAAGCUGGUGGUUUCUUCCUGAAGUCCAUAAUCAUCUCUCUGGUCUUUUCCACAUGGAGCAGCAGGUGAUUUACUCCAGCCCACCUCACGAAUUUAUCCACAAGUUGCUUGUACUCCGCCUCCUGCCCACCAUUAAUGCAGUCGACAACCGCAGAGUCGUCAGAGAAUUUCUGAAAAUGGCAUGUCACUGAGUUAUACUGGAAGUCACUGGUGUACAAAGUGAACAGGAAGGGAGAGAGCACAGUGCCCUGUGAGGCCCCCCACACUACUCGUCACCACGUCAGACAGGACACUACCCAACCGGACAAACUGUGGCCUGUUCAACAAGUACCGGUAUUCAAUGAUCCAGGAGACCAAGGCCUCGUCCACACCCAUUAGCCGCAGAUUCUCACCCAGUAACCAUAGAUAGAGAUAGAGAGAUAGAUAUAGAGAACAAACUUUUUAUGCAUAUGCCACUGAUGUUAAUAUAGCGCAUACAGCACACGCAUCCCUAUUGAUUUGCAUAUAAAGCGAUGGAAUCUUGCACGAUUCAUGUUCUUCGUUGAUCUGCGUGUUCGUUGCAUGGUUUAUUCGUACUUCUUCUGUGGUUUUAAUGUGGUCCAUUCAAGAUAAAUCUAUGAAAAUUUCAGUCAGACAACUCUUGCAGUAAGAAAUAUUUAUUUGACAUUUUUCCACAUUCUUUAAAUUGGCAUUCACAUAUUUUCGUUUGGCAUAAGGCUC